AACCAAUCUGGCUCAUAAUUAAAUUUGCAGUAUAAAUAAAGCGUGUCCCGAAAAUAAGAGAGACCAGUCAGUAGGGAGAUUGAAUCGAGGUUGAAGAGUGUUGUAUUGUGUCGUGGCACAGAAAAACGAAGCUCAGAAAAAGAGAGAGAGAGAGAGAGAGAUUGAAGAAGCGAUUUUUUUUAUGUGAAAUUGAAGAGUGAAUGAAAAAUCUCAAUCCCAUCCAUGGAUGAGCAAUUGAAUUUGAGCUGAAUCGGCGUCGUUUCGAUUUCACUCGGUCACACUACUGUUUCUCUGAGCCUGACUCGGUCAGAUUCUUGUAAACGCUUCUUCUCCGCAAACCCUAGAUAUUGGAGAUUGAUGUGAUGACCUCUUCACCUACCUAUCUGCAUGCAGUGCUGAAUUGAUACCUCUUGUUUUUAUCUCAUGCUAUUUUAGUUGUGUAACAUCUAACAGUGCCUGUUUAAUUUGUUACACCUUGCUGAAUAAUAAGCAGAUCAAUAUACUCAAAUUUAAAGUUUUGCGAUAUUAAUUAGCAUUGAAUGAGAGCAUUUGUCAAUUACAUUAUCAGUGGAGUUGAAAGGAACAUUUUGGUUCGGGGAAAAAGCAUCUUUGUAAAGUUUUUGGAUGUACUUUCUAGUUUGGUUUGAGAAAAGGGGAAAUGCUACCAACCUGGAAGUAUUAUAACAUUGAUUUCACUACUCCAGUAUGCGAUCUAUUUUUUUUCAGUGGUGCAUUUAAUAAUAAACAUAUUGAUGUUAUGGUAUAAGAAGAAAAAUGGAGCAUGUUUUGGAGAAAAGAUUUCCUCUUAAUGCAGAAGAUUACACAUUAUAUGAAGAAGUUGGUGAAGGCGUUAGUGCCUCCGUAUACAGGGCUCUCUGUGUUCCACUCAAUGAGAUAGUGGCCAUCAAGGUUCUUGAUCUAGAGAAGUGCAAUAAUGACUUGGAUGGCAUUCGUAGAGAGGUACAGACCAUGAACUUGAUUGAUCACCCGAAUGUUUUACGGGCACAUUGCUCUUUUACUGCUGGACACAAUCUAUGGGUUGUGAUGCCAUACAUGGCAGGGGGGUCUUGCCUUCAUAUAAUGAAAUCUAACUAUCCUGAGGGUUUUGAAGAGCCUGUUAUUGCUACUUUAUUGCAUGAAGUUCUCAAAGCUCUUGUCUAUCUUCAUGCCCAUGGUCACAUACAUAGAGAUGUAAAGGCUGGGAAUAUUCUGCUUGAUUCUAAUGGUGCAGUCAAACUAGCUGACUUUGGAGUGUCAGCAUGUAUGUUUGAUACUGGAGAUAGGCAACGUUCAAGAAACACUUUUGUUGGAACACCUUGCUGGAUGGCUCCUGAAGUUAUGCAGCAAUUACAUGGAUAUGAUUUUAAAGCAGAUAUAUGGUCAUUUGGUAUAACGGCACUUGAACUUGCUCAUGGUCAUGCCCCAUUUUCCAAGUAUCCACCUAUGAAGGUUUUGCUCAUGACUUUACAAAAUGCCCCUCCAGGUCUUGACUAUGAAAGAGACAAAAAAUUUUCAAAGGCUUUCAAAGAGUUGGUUGCCACCUGCUUAGUAAAAGACCCAAAAAAGCGUCCAAGUUCAGAAAAGCUUUUAAAACACCACUUCUUUAAACAAGCACGUGCCAGCAAAUAUUUAGCUCGCACCAUUUUAGAAGGCCUUGCUCCUUUAGGAGAUCGUUUUAGAAUGCUGAAGGCUAAAGAGGCGGAUUUAUUGGUGCAGAACAAGGCUCUUUAUGAAGAUAAAGAUCAAUUAUCUCAGAAAGAAUAUAUUCGAGGAAUCAGUGCCUGGAAUUUUAACCUGGAGGAUUUGAAAAGUCAAGCCGCUCUUAUUCAAGAUGAUGACAUACCUAAUGCAGAAGAGCCACAAAGGGAUAAGAAGCAAAAAGACAGAUUGGACAACUUCAAAGUUUCUGCAGAGAGGCUAUCAGCUGGAGCAGCUAAUCAUUCAGAUGAUGCACCCACGCAGGACAAGGAGGAUUUACAUCUCUUAUUUCAGGAUGGAUUCAACAAUCUUCAGGAUUUGGAGGGUUCACUUGUUUCAUUUCCUACUAAACCUCUUCAAGCACUUAAAGGGUGCUUUGAUAUGUGUGAAGAUGACAUUAAUAACAGCAGUCCAAGAGAUUUGGAUCAUGAUGGAAGAAUUGACAAUGAAAGCUCUAGGCCAAGUACUUCAUUACAACAAAAUACUACCAGUCAGCAAAAAAAGUUUCCAAGUGGUUCUUUACUACCUGAUAAUUUUCUUUUUCCCAAAAUGGUUGUUACUGAUGGGGACAGGGAUUAUCUACAAACAAAGUAUUCUUCAGAGAGGAAUCACAGUGGUCCAUUGCAAUAUCGGCAGAAAAGAGACACCAACAACCUUCCACUGGUUGAUGACACAUCGGAUGGAGCAUUUUUCCGGCGUAGGGGGCGGUUCACAUUGACAGAUCUCAGUCCAAUGGGUCCUUCAAACAGCACAUCUGGCCCAGUUGUUAGUCCUACCAGUCCACCAAAUCAAAAUUUCAUGUCUACCGCUAUUCUUCCAUCACUGCAGUGCAUCUUGCAACAUAAUGGUUUGCAGAGGGAAGAGAUUAUUAAAUUAAUAAAGUAUGCCGAACAAUCUUCUGGCAAGAAUACAGAAUCAGUAGAGGCAGGGACAGGUGAUAUGUUGCAGGCACCACCUGCAACAACUAGGGAGCGAGAGCUGCAUUUUCAGGUGAUUCAACUCCAACAGAGCAUUGGAAGCCUUGUUGAGGAAUUGCAAAGACAAAAGAUGAAAAAUGUUCAGUUGGAAAAACAGUUGAACAGUAUGGCUAACAGAGUGGAAAAGUGAACAAGAAGAUAUGAACUUUAUCAUGGUUUGACUGAUAUUGAAACACCCGACGUUCAGUGGUAACAUUCAAUGAUGGUUUGAGACAUACUUGAGGGAUGGGGGAACGUCUCAAUUGUAGUUGUAUUACCAUAUGUGAACUUUUGUUUGCGGCAGACACUACUACUAAUUUUUGAGAUGCUAUUCCUUGAGUUACAUGUAAAAUGUAAUUUAUUGAGAUAAUGAGAUCUUGUAAUUUAAACACCUCUUUCUCUCUUAUAUCCUACCUAAAAGUUACCCUUCAGAAUUCAGAUGAACGCAAAUAACUACAUAGCUCAGUAAUGUAGCAAUCUGUCGUUCUGUGUUUCAAUAAAUUCAUAUCACCAGACAACCAAAUCCUGACAUACACAGAAUGUUGGCUAGAAUGGCUAGUGUUGAAGUGUAUUGAAUGGUUGAUGGAAAUUAGAAAUUUCAUUUAUAUUGCUGACAAUAAA